AUGGCCGACGUCCGAGCCCUCCUCGCCGCAGAGCGGCAGGCUCGUCGAAUCUCUCACCCUCACCUCUCCUACACGAAAUCCGGUAUGCUUGUCUGUACUGUGUGCAACCUGAACGUCAAGUCCGAGGCCCUCUGGGAAGGGCACCUCAAGAGCGCGAACCACAGAAGAAACACCGUUCAGGCUGCUUCACAAGAGAACGCCGGUGGUGCAAACAUCGGGGCAAACGCAGGCAACAAGGGAGUCAAGCGGAAGAUUGAAGAUGUCGACGACGACGAAGCACCACUCGAACGCGAUGAAGCGGAAAUCGAUGCGCGGAAGAAACCCAAGUCACGGCCGGAGAGUAUUGCGGUGGUGGAAGAUGAGGGAGAAGACCGCAGGCAGGCGGGAGUGCUGCCUCCUCAACUGGAAGAACAUGCAGGCCGAGAGGCAAAACAAUCGACACCACUUGCGCCAGCGGCAGACGAUGCACCUCCUCCACCGAAUGGCUCUGCACAACCACCCACGCUCGAUGAGGAUGAGUGGGCCGCCUUUGAGCGUGAGGUUGCACCACUGGCCGCCGCAGCGCAGCCAGACUACACUUCGGCAACAAUCACAGCAGCCCCAGUCACGUCAGCCCAGCUCAAAGCCCAGGAAGAGGAAGACAGACGGCGGAAAUUGGAGACUGAAGCAGAUGACGAAAAGGAAGAUGAAGAGAGAAGGAUUGAAGAGGAAUUCGACGUUAUGGAGGAAAUGGAGGAAAGAGUCCGAAAACUUCGAGAAAAGCGCGAUGCACUCAGAAGUGGUGUCAAAGCUGGAACGGACAUGGGGCAGGAGAACAAUUCGAUAUCUGCUGACACUGCUGGACAGGAUGCAGCGGAAAGUCGUGCUGAAACAUUAGAAGACGACGGCGAAGAAGAGGAUGAGGAGGAAGAAGAAGAUGAGUGGUAUUCAUAA